GCAUUCAACUCCGCUCCGCUCUGCACACAUGGUCGACAGAUCUAUUUGCAGAGCGAGCUGCAGUGAGAAGCUUUGUCCUCCUAGGGGUUUUCGAGCUCGUGUUUGCAUCGCCCUCCAUAAUUCUUUAACGGUGAACAAUGUAGCAGCCGACGACGGCGACGUUUCAUCACCGGGAGGACAUUUAAAACGAACCCCCACCGGGACCGCUCGUUGAACGGAUGUUAAAUCUCAUAAUUUAAUUGGAGGUCAUUUAAACCUGAACUCCCCCUUCUCAUUGGGAUCUAGAAAAGAUAAUAUUUGAUUCGUGCAUAUUUUUUUAUCGGACAAAACUAACCGCAAUGUAACCGCAUUUUUUAGAGUGGUAAGCGGUCUUUCUAAGAGUGGGUGUCCGUUAUUUUUCGGCUGAGAUGUGAGAAGAGUUGUCGUGAUUUCUGCUGCAGUCCUGCUGUUUUAGCCUACAUCGGCUGUAUAAGGAACAAUAGCCUCCAAUCGGUGGAUGAACAGGGAGUUUGGUGGUGCCACCGCUAGGUUUCUAAGGAGAAGUGUUCACAUCGCAAAAUGAGACUUGGCUACAUUCACACAUAGUUUGGAGCAGAAUAUGGAUUUUUUUUCUGUCGUCCUGGCUAAGAGUUGGGAAUGCGGUAAUGGAGAACCGGAAUAAUCCAAUAUAGCCUAACCGCUCGUGGCUGGAAGAAACGAAUAGACCCGUGGGAACGAGAAUGUUGGCGGUCCUGGAAAUUGUAGCCUGCAACACCGUAAAUCAAUCAACGACCGACUGAGUAAACGAAUUAUUGCUGAUUUGACCGUUGCGUCGGUCGACGGUAGCCUACCCUAGAACAAACCGUCAAUAACGGAUAAUCGAUAUUUGUAUUGAUGACGGAAUCACAUCGACCAUAACAACCCACUCGGCGCACUACACUACUCCACGUUCAGAAGAGAAUCAUAGCCUGUGCGUGGGCGUUGUAAGCAGUGUUGUUGACCGAAAAGGACACAUAUUUCGGGCUGACAGAUUGGCAGUGACACCGGCGGGUCUGUGCGUGUGAGAGGAUGGCAGCGGUAGUAAACUACUCUCCCCCGUGGUGGGUCAACCUGCUCCACCGCCUCCCCCACUUCAACCUGCAGUUUGAGACGGUCAGCAGCGACUUCAGACCCGAGGACUCAGAGUACCAGAAGUCGGUGCUGUUGCUAGGCGGAAUAGCGUUGGUGUGUCUGGCUCUGGACCUCCUCUUCCUCCUCUUCUACUCUUUCUGGCUGUGCUGCCGACGACGCAAGACCCAUGACGACACACGUUCUCACUCACACACACACCAGCCCCCCAACCCUGACUGCUGUUGUACAGCCUGGUGUGUCAUCAUCGCCACGCUUGUCUGCAGUGCCGGCAUCGCCGUGGGUUUCUAUGGAAAUGGGGAGUCAUGUGAUGGAGCCAACCGCCUGGCGUAUUCUCUACGGCACGCCAACCGCACCGUGGCAGGGGUCGACAAACUGGUGACGGACAGUGCCCUGUCUCUGAACCAGACAGUGGAGGGAGGUCUGGUCCAGUUGGAGACGGUCUACUCUGAACAGACUGACUACGUGUCCAUCGUCCAGAAGCUCCAGGGUCAGCUGGAUGAGCUGGUCAGACUCAUGGUGGACAUCCCCUUCUGGAGUAACUCUGAGAUCUCCCUAGAAGACCUGGCCUUCAAGACGGAAGCCUUUGACUGGUACAGGUGGCUGGUAUACCUGACUCUGCUGCUGUUUGAUGUUCUGAUCUGUCUGCUGGUUCUGUUCGGACUGAUACGCAACUCUAAAGGCACUCUGAUUGGGGUGUGUUUGUUGGGUGUUCUGACUCUCAUCAUCAGCUGGGGGUCUCUGGGACUGGAGCUGGCAGCUGCCGCGACGGCCAGCGACUUCUGUGUUUCCCCGGAUACCUACAUCACCAGGGUAACCAAGGAGAACGCUGUUAUCAACCAAGAUAUCCUGCAGUAUUACCUGAGGUGCAGCAGUGGCCAAUCAAAUCCUUUCCAGCAUAAGCUGUCUGGCAGUCACAAAGCCCUGGUUGAGAUGCAAGAUGACGUGGCAGAACUCCUACAGUCAGCUAUACGGGAUUACCCCAACACCAAGGGGACUCUGGAACAGAUUCAGACUGUGUUGAACUCUACGGAGGUUGGCCUUCAUCAACUCACCGCUCUGGUCGACUGUCGCAGCCUGCACAUGGACUAUGUCCAGGCUCUAACAGGGUUGUGUUAUGAUGGAGUGGAGGGGCUGAUCUACCUGGUGCUGUUCUCCUUCGUCACAGCUCUCAUGUUCUCCUCCAUCGUCUGCAGUGUGCCACACACCUGGCAGAGCAAGAGGACGGAUGAUGAGGAUGGAGAAGACGAGUCUGCUGCCCAAGGCAAUCGGGGGGCGGGUCCUCAUGAUAACCUGUACCGCGUGCACAUGCCCAGCCUCUACAGCUGUGGUAGCAGCUACGGCAGCGAAGCUAGCAUCCCUGCUACGGCCCACACUGUCAGCAAUGCCCCUGUCACUGAGUACAUGACCCAGAACGCAAACUUUCAGACCCCCAGGUGUGAGAACACGCCUCUGAUUGGCAGGGAAUCCCCUCCACCCUCUUACACCUCGAGUAUGAGGGCCAAGUAUCUGGCCACCAGUGGACCGGACCAGAACCGACGGUCAGUCCCCAAUGACCAGUUGGACCCAGCCAGCCGACCACAUCCCCUCGCCAGACCACAGUCAUCUGUCCACUAGAACCUUCCAGAACCUACCAAAACCUCCUAGAACCUAUUAUAACCUACCAGAAUAUUCUAGACAGAACUCAUCAACCAAUUUUUCAUUCCACUAAAGAACCACAACCCACUAGAACCACAACUCUUUAGAACCUGUUGACACAGUAGUCCACGUAUAGAACCAGAACCACUAAGGAUCAUAACCACCUCCUCAGCCCAUAGGAACCACUAAAAUAAUACUUCUCAGAUUCACCUGAACAGACCACAGUGGGUUGAAAACCAGAGCCAACCAACGGACCAUCUAGCCCAGCUCACCAGAACAGAACCUCAACCAAUCAGCCAACCAACACCAACCUACCUACAGACUCCAGAAGAUCACCAUGAACCCUUGUAGAUCUCCCCCCUCCCCCCACCACCACCUCAACUCCCACAGUCCCACUCAGCUCUACACCAUCUCAAGCUGGAUCCUCCACCUCUUUACCAAGUAUACUGCCCUCUGGUGGUGACUGCCGGUAUGAGCCUGUUUAUUAAGUAUACGGCCCUCUGGUGGUGACUGCCGGUAUGAGCCUGUUUAUUAAGUAUACGGCCCUCUGGUGGUGACUGCCGGUAUGAGCCUGUUUAUUAAGUAUACGGCCCUCUGGUGGUGACUGCCGGUAUGAGCCUGUUUAUUAAGUAUACGGCCCUCUGGUGGUCACUGCCGGUAUGAGCCUGAUUAUUAAGUAUACGGCCCUCUGGUGGUGACUGCCGGUAUGAGCCUGUUUAUUAAGUAUACGGCCCUCUGGUGGUGACUGCCGGUAUGAGCCUGUUUAUUAAGUAUACUGCCCUCUGGUGGUCACUGCCGGUAUGAGCCUGUUUAUUAAGUAUACUGCCCUCUGGUGGUGACUGCCGGUAGAGCCUGUUUAUUAAGUAUACUGCCCUCUGGUGGUCACUGCCAGUAUUAGCCUGUUUAUUAAGUAUACUGCCCUCUGGUGGUCACUGCAGGUGUGAGCCUGUUUAUUAAGUAUACAGCCCUCUGGUGGUCACUGCAGGUAUGAGCCACACACACAAACAUCCUGUAUAGAACUGUAAAUAGUGAAAUAGUAUGAGUUACAUUCUGGAGGAAGACUCAACUGAAACAUGGUGGUAUUUAGAGUGUGUGUUUCCAAGGUCUGAGGCUGUAUCUCAUUCUAGGCCACACACACACAGAGAGGCCUGUACGUGUGUGUACCUCUCUCUACUCUACCUGCCUCUGUAAACAACCUCCUGCCAUCUAAUCUACCAAGCCACUAGGACACAGAAUCUGACUGCAAAACGGCCCCCUGCACUCUGCAAAACGCUCCAACAUUCCUGUAACAUCUGGUAUUUUAAACUUCACUGCAAAGGGCUGUUGUGCAGACGGACCAUGUGGCCUGAAGCUGAAUCAGAAAGCCAUGUUGUGGAGUAACCACUCUCUGUAGAUAGAUUUAGCCACCACUGUACAGCAGUGACAUGUUAGCAUUUAGCCUGUGUUAAGAGCCACGUUAACUAACUACAUGUAUGACUACAACUUGAAAUCGUGACCUCUCUCUUGAGUGUGUUCAUGUGUUCUGUGUGUGUUUGCGUGCGUCUAACGCACAUGUAAAUAUGAGUCCAGGACCGAACGGAACAUGGUGUAAUUCCAAACAUUCUGAAAUCAGAUUCCGAUUCCAGAUUCCCAGAGAAAGAGUUUGCGUUCCCAAAAAGACGAAGGGAUAUGGGAGAGCUCACCUGUGGGCUCAUAACUCUGUAUAAAUGAGGGAUGUGACCUCUCCUAAACUGAAGGACCUGGGGGAGCUCAUCUGUGGGUUAACAACUCUGUAUAAUGAGGGAUGUGACCUCUCCUAAACUGAAGGACAUGGGAGAGCUCACCUGUGGGCUCAUAACUCUGUAUAAUGAGGGAUGUGACCUCUCCUAAACUGAAGGACCUGGGGGAGCUCACCUGUGGGUUAACAACUCUGUAUAAUGAGGGAUGUGACCUCUCCUAAACUGAAGGACCUGGGGGAGCUCAUCUGUGGGUUAACAACUCUGUAUAAUGAGGGAUGUGACCUCUCCUAAACUGAAGGACAUGGGAGAGCUCACCUGUGGGUUAACAACUCUGUAUAAUGAGGGAUGUGACCUCUCCUAAACUGAAGGACAUGGGAGAGCUCACCUGUGGGUUAACAACUCUGUAUAAUGAGGGAUGUGACCUCUCCUAAACUGAAGGACAUGGGAGAGCUCACCUGUGCCAAAAUAACUGAAUAAUGAGGGAUGUGACCUCUCCUAAACUGAAGGACAUGGGAGAGCUCACCUGUGCCAAAAUAACUGAAUAAUGAGGGAUGUGACCUCUCCUAAACUGAAGGACAUGGGAGAGCUCACCUGUGGGUUAAUAACUGAAUAAUGAGGGAUGUGACCUCUCUUUAUCCCAUCAUUCCUUUUUUUAGUUCCUUAAUUCUCAGAAAGGGAAAAUAAAUGCUGGAUAAUGUUGGAUCAUACGGUGAAAGACAGAGAAAGACUCUUAAAAUAAAAUGUGUUUUUAAUUUAGUUUUAAAAAAUGUAACUUGAUAAUGAAGAAUUGGGGCGCUGUGACCAACUUUCUCUUUAAAUAAAUAAAUGUUUAAUUCCAUUUUUAUUAUUUCGUCAAACAGGGAUCUUCUUUAACGACCUGACUAAAGGUCACGAUGAGGUUAGAGGUCACAACCUUUCUCAAAACAGGACGUUUUUUUUCUUCUUUUUCUCGGAAGCACAAACGAUCUUUGCGGUAACUAUGGGAGACGGAAAAGAAGAACACCCACACGUCAACGUAACGUGUGUGUGUUGUGGGAACGCUUAGAGCCUCGUGGAACAUGGUGAAGUGAAAGGAAAGGUCUCCUUAACCUAGGUUAGGGGCCAACCAUAGAGUAAGAUACUUUACUAGGUACUCUAUCUAACUCUAUGGGGCUGCCAGUCGUUUAUCUCUAGGGGCCGACCAUAGUUAGACAGAGGACUCUCUAAAGACCCUCGUACCUUACUAGGUACUGUAACUCUAUGGGGCUGCCAGUAGUUUAUCUCUAGGGGCCAACCAUAGUUAGACAGAGGACUCCCUAAAGACCCUCUUACCUUACUAGGUACUCUAACUAACUCUAUGGGGCUGCCAGUAGUUUAUCUCUAGGGGCCGGCCAUAGAGUAAGAUAGAGGACUCUAAAGUUCACUCUUACUUUACUAGGUACUCUAUCUAACUCUAUGGGUCUGCCAGUCGUUCUCUCUCUCGCAACUAUGUGCCGUGAAGUGUAUGAUGAUAAUAGUGUAGCUGUAAUCUCUCUCAUCACUCUUGUGUGUGAUGGCUCGUCCAGUGUAGUCUUGGUAUUGCUCUCUUCUCUCCUGUGUGUGCUGUCUGUCUGUACGUACAGUACAGUGGUCUGUGUGUGCUGUCUGUCUGUACAGUACAGUGGUCUGUGUGUGCUGUCUGUCUGUACAGUACAGUACAGUGGGCUGUGUUGCCAGCAAAUUAAGGGUCAUUAUUAUUAUCCAAUCUUCGUCUAAGAAACACACACACUAACGUUCAUUGCAGACCCACACAUUGCAGACACACACAUUGCAGACACACACAUUGCAGACAUACACAUUGCAGACACACACAGUAUUCUUUAUAUCUAGCCAUAGUCCUGUGAACUGUCUCACACACACCCUAGAACUACAGUACCCAUAACACCCUCACUUCUGUAAAUUUGACACUGGUUAGCAUUUGCAUCAUGGGAAAUGUAGUGUAUUAACUAGAGGGAUUUCCAGUUAAUGGGAGAAAGAGUCCAUAGGAAUGAUCGUUCAAACGAUCUUGAUUAACUCGCUCUGGGUAGAAGUUGCCUUUAACCACAUAUCUAGGAUCAAUUUACUCUCCCAUUAUCCUAAUCUUAACCAUUAGGCGGAACACACACAAAAAAAAAAAUCUUCGAUCAGUGUCUAGGAAGCAACUUCAUCCUACCCGGACAAGCUCAGUGUGUGUGUGUAUAUAAUUGACUGUGAAUGAAAGACCAGCGAGACAAUCGUAACUGGCGUGAUUCCACUCGUUCUUAAUGUUCUGUUUAUCACGUCACCAUGACAACGCUACCUAUACUACGGCGUUUUGCACGACGGGAGGAGGACCGAAAAAAUAAAUAUAUAUAUAUACUGUUGGAAACUAAAAGAACCAAUGGCCUUUUCUUAAACUUGUAACAAUCUAACAACUCUUCAUAUCACACGUUUUAAUUUGUCUGUCUUCUAAAAAAAAAAAGAAUCAUAAAAAAACAAACUAUAGCUAGCUCUUUUUGUAGGGUAAUAAUUAUUAUUAUUACGGUAAGAGCACCAUUUGUUUUCUGUUUUUCUUUAUAAUAAUGCCGAAUGACUGUCUUGAAUUGCAUUUUUAUUUUUUAUAAAACCGUACUGUAGACUUGUUACAUUUUUUUGAUGGUUGUUUUUAUGUACCUGGCUACAACAACGGUUUACUAAGACGAUAAUACUGUCUGUUCUCAACUGUGGUGGUGACAUUAUUGAGCCUGGAAUCCAUGUUUUAAAACCAGAAUUAAAACAACUUUGACUCAGAA